GUACGGGCUUCUCUCCUCUCUAUUAACAGUACUAAUCCCCUCACUUUUAUGGAUUUUAAUCUCCUUGUUGUUUCUGUAAAUUACGAGUCAAUUACCGACUCUUCCUUGUUUAUUAAUUACCCUAUAUAUUAGUGUGUUGGGAAUAAUUAAUCUGCUAAACAUGUAGAUAUUAAUUUGAUUUUCUCUUUUGCUGUAUUUAUGAAAGCUUUACGUUUUUUAUUUAAUAGCUGAACUGCUUAUUGACAGUAAUUAACAAAGCAGUGUAAAUAUGGCGCUAACGGACGGAGAGAUCAAACAACUGUUCCUAGUCCAGAAGACAUUGAUGCAGAUGCUGAAGGAUCGUGGCUACUCUAUCGAGGAUUCGGAAAUUACAAUGACUCUAGGAGAGUUUAUUGAGAAAUAUGGUGAAAAUAUGAAAAGGAAGGCUCUUGUUACUCUCAAAGCUAAGAAAAAUGAUGACAAUGAUAAGCUCUAUAUUUUCUUCCCUAAUAAACCCAAAGUUGGAGUUGCGGAGAUGAAGAAGUAUAUAAACCGGUUGAAAUCUGAAAACGUUUUCAGAGCAAUUUUGGUGAUGCAAGAUAUAAAAGAAUUUUCUCGCCAGGCUCAGCUUUCUAUAGGUGCAGCCUAUCCAAAAUUUCAUAUUGAAGUUUUUCAGGAGAAGGAAUUGAUAGUGAACGUUAACCACCAUGUUUUUGUUCCUGAGCAUCAAGCUCUUACUACUGAAGAGAAGCAAAAUUUUCUGGAGAGAUACACAGUGAAAGAGAACCAGCUUCCAAGGAUUCACGUGACUGAUCCAAUUGCAAGAUACUUUGGACUAAAACGUGGCGAAGUCGUCAAGAUCACACGUCAGAGUGAAACCUCUGGUCGUUAUAUUACGUAUCGCUAUGUUAUAUAACCAAAACACUGGCAAUGAUUUAUUUAUUUAUUUGGUUACUUGAAACAAACAUGUAAAAGAUAAGGUCCAACGAGUCUACAAAGAUUACGUGUUUGCUAAUUAAAAAUUCCUACUUGGUUGCAUGAAUAGAAUCUUUAUUUUCUG